CCGUUGCUCCUUCCGCGCGGUUUCUUGCUCCAGUAUUCUGCAAGGCAGGCGCGGCCUAGCGUUAUUUCUGGGACGGGUGGAAGCAUCGAACCUGCAACUGAAACGCGUGAUUGGGCGUUCGCCAGUCCAACUCGACCGGUCGGUUUUGUGUCACGUAGUAGCGGGCUCGACUUCAUCGACCACGGCUAAACCUGCGUCUCAGUUCAAGCAAAACGAAUUGACUUUACUCUUCCAAUAUGACCGAGACGUCAGAAGAGCCACCCGCGCCCCAGAGCAUCCAAGCCCGCAUCGCAGCCCUGCGACUCGAACAAGUUGGUCGUGCACCAAGCUCCUCACCCGCCACGUACGAACAAGCAAAGAAGUCGAAACCGCCUCCGCCUCCCCUUCCCAAGAGGACACAGACCGCCAACAAUCCACCAACCACAAGCUUGAGCCAUGGUGUAGGAAACACGCCUGCCGGUCCGAGGACGAAUGGCAAGAAUCAACCGCCACCUCCUCCAGCGAGCAGAGAAGUGCUUCCCGCACCGGCGAUGAAGAAGUGGGAGGGAAGAGAUGCAGUACCUAGCCCUCCGUUGCCACCUCGGCGACCGAGCGAGAAGAGUGUGCCAGGUCUGCCGCCAAGGAGACCUUCCGAGCAGAGCAUUGGGCGCAAGCAGUCCGUGGAGAGUAUCUCGUCCGUAGCCUCCGGUCGAUCUUCCGUAUCUGCCCUGUCGUUAAAGAGCUCAAACACAAAUGUCGAUAGGCCGUAUCAAAGGGUCCGGGCUCCGGAAUAUGACCCUGCAAGUUUGCCCCCUCUGCCUGAAAAGAAGGCUACGAAGCAAGAUGAGGUAGCUUCGAGGGUGCCACUGAGACCGACUGUAUCAGCGCCCAGUGUGAAUAAAGUCAAUGGGAACGAGCCACCGCCGCUGCCGGGUCGGCCGCAGCUGCCACCGCGAACAAACACGGUCGAGCAGCAGCCCACUCUGCCAGCAAGGCCGAAAAAGAGCAUAUUGGAAAUGGGCUUCAACAAUAAGCCGACGGCACCUCCACCUGUUCCCGCCGGACGGCCAAGUAAUGGAGUAGGGGUGAAUGGAUUUGCGAACGGAAUUGCGAGUAAACUAUCAGACAAGCUGAGCGGGCGCGCUCCCUCGACCGCUCCUCCUCCUGCUUCGGAACCUGUCUCAGGACCUGCGGUGGGAAACGCCAAUGUGGUUGAGCUGAAUACUGCGACGUUCGACGACGUUGUUCUACGAUCAGGACAUCCUGUGUUCGUGGACUUCUAUGCGCCCUUCUGCAAAUACUGCAAGCAGCUCGACCCGAACUGGGAAAAACUUGCACAGAGCUACCAAAAUUCGAACGUUACCAUCGCGAAGAUCGAUUCGUACACUGAAAAGGAGAUUGGCGAGCGCUACAAAAUACAAGGAUGGCCGACCAUGCUCCUCUUUGAUGGCAAAGGCGGAGAGCCCGUUAAGUAUCCCUGGAACUAUGAACUGGAAUGGCUACACAAAUUUGUCAAGCAAGAAACUGGAAUCACACCUGGGGCGCCUCCAUCGUCGAGCUCUUCGUAUCCUACGCCUCCGCCCUCGAAUCCCUCCUCGCCGCCGCCUGUUCCCCUUGCGUCGCGACCCAAUUUGACAGAAUUGAAUAAGACCAAGCCUAGUGUUGCUGCGGCUUUGGCGCCACCAACAGCUGUCUGCCUCAAAUGCCGUGAUUUUUCAGGCCCAGAUCAACAUGCCACUCGCUUCCCCAGACAGUCUAUACCCAAUCAGGAUCCUAGAUGGUUAGGUCCGCAGUUGUGUGAUCCCUUCCCAAGUCACACUGACAAAGCACGAGCAAUAUUCACCUGGUUACAUCAUAAUAUCGAUUACAACGUUGCUGCUUUUUUCUCUGGCAAUUUGCAGCCUUCGACGCCUGCGAGUACGAUCGCCACGGGCCUAGCUGUAUGCGAAGGAUACGCCGGUUUAUUCACUGCAUUAGCUACUGCUGCAGGCUUGGAGAGCGUAGUCAUAGGAGGGCACGGAAAAGGCUACGGAUUCGAAUCGCUCCGUCCCGGGCAGCCGCUUCCUCGCCGCGAUCCCACCGGACAUGCUUGGAACGCUGUCCGCAUCGACGGCGGCGUUUGGAAGCUCAUAGACCCAUGCUGGGGAGCUGGAAACGUCAAAGGCCCUGGGCAGCCAUAUAAUAAGGAUUUCACGCCUUCGUGGUUCACCAUGUCUAAUGACGAGUUUGGAGAGCGUCAUUUCCCCGAAGACGAGCGUUAUUUUUUCCGCGAAGAUGGACGCCCCAAAAUCUCAUGGGAAGAAUAUAUCAUGUUCAGCGUUGGGCCAGAGGAACGCACUGUGUUCACACCGGCCAGGACCGAGCAUGGAUUCGACGAAAAGAGCUUCCUGCCGAAGGCGAAUGAUAUCGUCAAGCACGAUUAUGCGGCAGGACCGACGAUACGAUUUCAGUGGACGAAAAUUUGCCCGCACUACGACAUCGUCAAACAUCAUGGCCAGCAAUUCUUGUUCUUCAUGAAAGUCAACGGUGACGAACAGCGUGUUGCGCAGACGGAUGGGUUCCACUACUGGAUCGAUGUGCGAAGGGAGGAACUGCCGAACCCAGGAGAGGAGGUUACGAUUCAGUUCAUGCAGAAAUACAUGUUAAGCGAUGGUCAAUGGAGGGAGGGCAGAGGGUUAACGGAGCAGGAUCUCAAUAGAGGCAUGGGUGGCAGAGCUGGGUGGAGGAGCUGGAGUUGGAGUUAUCUUGCUAGAUGGAAAGUUAUUUAGGCGUGCUGUCAUGAUUUGGACGCAAACACUCUAUAAGAAGUGGGAUGCUAUUCCGAUACCCCAACCUAUAAUGACAUUUCAACCGCUUUGAUGAGAUCUUGUUCUCAAAUGUCUAUAGCGUUUGAAGCUACGUAGAACAUUCAGGCUCGCAUUGUGAGCGCCAAGGUCUGUUUACGGGGCGUACUCUGAAGAAUCGUACGCUGAUCAACGAAC